AAAAGCCACCCUAUGUUUUUUCCCUGCCCCUCUUUGCCCUUUUCGCUUGUGCGUUCUUUCUCUCGUCGUGUGUGAUAUCGUGUGUGUGCGCUUCGCUUCUCAAUCAAUCUCCUCCUCACAGUUUCGUCUUCUUCUUCUUCUUCUCGAUCUCACCACUGGCAAUCAUGAGUGAUGAAGGAGAAAGGACUUGUCCUCUCUGUGCUGAAGAGAUGGAUUUGACAGAUCAGCAGCUGAAGCCUUGCAAAUGUGGUUAUGAGAUCUGUGUCUGGUGUUGGCACCACAUAAUGGACAUGGCUGAGAAGGAUGACACUGAGGGGCGAUGCCCAGCGUGUCGUUCUCCUUAUGAUAAGAAAAAGAUAGUUGGGAUGGCUGCAACCUGUGAGAGAUUGGUGAGUGAAAUUCAUAUGGAGAAAAAGAUGAAGAAUCAAAAAAAGUCUAAAUCUUCUGAUGGAAGGAAGCAACUUAGCAGUGUGAGAGUGAUUCAGCGUAACCUUGUUUACAUAGUAGGAUUGCCUCUCAAUCUGGCAGAUGAAGAUCUUCUCCAGCGGCGAGAGUACUUUGCUCAGUAUGGGAAGGUCUUAAAAGUGUCGAUGUCUCGGACAGCAGCUGGUGUCAUUCAACAGUUUCCAAAUGAUACUUGCAGUGUAUAUAUUACUUAUUCAAAGGAAGAGGAAGCAAUUCGUUGUAUUCAAAAUGUACAUGGAUUUAUUUUGGAGGGUAGACCUUUAAGGGCUUGUUUUGGAACCACAAAAUAUUGUCAUGCAUGGCUCCGGAAUGCGCCUUGCAGCAACCCUGAUUGUCUAUAUCUGCAUGAGAUUGGCUCUCAAGAAGAUAGUUUUUCAAAAGAUGAAAUAAUUUCAGCUUACACUAGAAGUCGAGUUCAACAAAUCACUGGGCACGUAAACAAUCUGAUACGUCGAUCAGGGAAUGUAUUACCUCCUCCAAUAGACGAUUGCACCAAUAAUUCAUCAGGAAAGCCUAUUCUGAAAAGUGCUUCAAGUAACUGUAGUAGCACUGUACGAGAUUCACCUCCGAAUGGAAUCUAUGGGAGAAAUGUAGCUCUUCCUGCUAGUGCGGCAUGGGGUACCCAGCCUACAAAUUGUGCGCCACCUGUUGGAGGUCAAUCAUAUCCAAAUGGGCCGUCCAUGCCAAAACCUGAUACAGUUAGCAGCACACUAGCCUUUUCCACAGCUGUCUCGGGCACAAUUCAGGCUUCUGCAUUGCAUUCUGACAUUACAAGGAGGCCAGCAUCAAGUGAUGGGAGUCAUAGUACAAUACCUAGAGUGAAAAGUGAAUUGUUGCAGCCUGUUAAACAAUACAAUAGCAUGGGCAGUCUGAGUAGUGGAGGUGAAAAAACUUCAGCUUCUGAUGUUUCUCCCGUGCCUGUUAGUUAUAACGGCCAGUCUUCACCACCAUCGUCUCGAGAUAGUGAUAGAGGCAGUUGUACUAUAGCAAAUACAAUAAAUUCUACUAACAUUACUGGACAGUCUUUUAACUCUGGUCCUGAGGAAGCAAUAACUGCUACCAAUGAAGAGAUUCAGAAUUUGUCAAGUCAGUUGUCUUCAAUUGACAUUGAUAGAAAUACUGCAAAUGAACACUAUGGUGUAGCCAAACCUAGUAGCCCGCCUACUGACUAUGUCAUGACUAAUUCUCAAAUUCAAGGAUCACAACACGAUGUUGGUAGAUAUAAAGAUGCAAUAAUUACUAAUUUGGCCGUUGAAACUUCUACAUCAGAUAAUGGGGUUUGUAAUUCAAGGGAACAAUCUGAGGAGAGAUUGGAUUCUUCUCAAACUCAAGUUGUACUAGAUACUUUUGAAUUGGAAGAUGAUAUAUCAUUUUUUGAUAAUCAAAGACUCAAGGAUCCGGAAGUUUUUUGUGGUUCUUACUUGCCAAAGGCGACAAGUUUCCUACAGGUAUCAAGCCAUUCUAGCCCUCGUCCAAUGCAGUUUGGUGAACCUGGUUCUGCUGUGGAUGCUGGUUCUCUAUCUUCUGAUGAUAGAUUUCAGGGUGAAUCUAUUCUACAUGGGUCUAGCUUAUUAUGUAACGGCUACCCAGAAAAGCUGGUCAGUAGCAGCUCUUAUGGUUUGCUGCAUGAUGGAAGAAAUGGGGAAAGCAUUGGAAGAUUAGUUGGUGAAGCAGUUAAUACUGGGUGUGAUACUGCAAUUGACAAGGGGGAAAGUAGUAUAAUUUCAAAUAUUCUGUCCAUGGAUUUUGAUUCCUGGGAUGACUCACUAACAUCACCUUCUAAUUUAGCCAAGUUGUUGGGUGACAAUACUGAUAGCCAGUCUUUAAAAAGAUCUAGUUCUUGGAAAGUUCAAACCAACGAUCAGUCAAGGUUCUCUUUUGCAAGGCAGGAGGAAUCCAAAUUCCGAACUUUUGAUGUACAUCCGUCUUAUGAUGUCAGCCAGCAGCAGCCAAGAAGCCACACACUCAUCCAGAAUUUUGCAGAAAGAGACUUGUAUACGCACAAGUUGGGCAUUGCAAAUGGCUUUCCUACCAGUAACUUUGGAGAAGCUGAAAAUAUAGGCAGUGUUCAUUCCAUUGCUUCUUCUAAUAAGCUUUCUGCCAUUUCAAGAGCACAAGUUUCAGCUCCACCAGGAUUUUCAGUUCCAAGCAGGCCUCCACCUCCUGGCUUUUCUUCUCAUGAGAGAAUGGAGCAGGCUUUUGAUUCCAUAACUGGGAAUUCAUUACUUGACCAUUCCUCCUUGUUGAGAAAUUCAUACCAGACAUCAUCUGCUGGAAACAUUGGUGGUGUAGGGGACCUUGAAUUUAUGGAUCCUGCUAUUUUAGCAGUUGGCAAGGGGAGACUUCAAGGUGCACAAAACAGCCAAAUGCUAUCAACAUUUAUUCCACAAUCAAAUUACUUAGAAAACGAGGUCAGAUUACAAUUAUUGAUGCAAAGAUCUAUCUCCCAGCAGCAAAACCUUAGAUAUUCUGAUAUUGGGAAUUCUUUUUCUCAACAUGGUGAUUCUUAUGGUAUUUCUUCGAGGUUGGAUCAAUCACAAGUCAAUAAUAUAGCUCCAUUCCAACACCUGUCCCUGCAGCAGUCCACAAAUUCAAUCAUGUCAAAUGGACAAUGGAAUGGGUGGAAUGAGGUGCAGAGUGGGAGUGGUCUGGGUGUGGCUGAUCUUUUGAGGAAUGAAAGACUUGGAUUUAACAAGUUAUACUCGGGAUAUGACGAUUCAAAAUAUCGUCUGCCAAAUUCUGGUGAUCUUUAUCAUAGAACAUUUGGGAUGUGACUUUUUGCUAGCUAAGUUAUCUAUGUUAUUAUUGGAAAUGACAAAACCUUGCAGAGAUGGACAAAUAGUUUUCUGUGUUGCUGAGGAUGGUGGAACUGAUCCUUAUCUGGUCUAUUUGGGCUACCUAAUGAUGAGACUCCCGAGAAGUGUAUUUUGUGGCUGCAGUUGUUCCGGAUUCGCAGAAGUGAGCUGUGUUGGGAUUUUAACAUAUCAUCUGUCCAACUUGCAGGUUUUAGUCGAGUGUUUUCCUUAAGAGUACAGAGCGUGGAAACUUGUUGAUUUAAGUUAAAUUGAUCCAUCCCAUAUUUAUUAUUGUAAUUUUCCUUAUAAUUUAUCUACCCUCUGUGUGGUAAAGUAUGGAAGUUUGAUCCCAAUUGUUAAAAGGAAAUUAUUUUGGCCGUGGAUAUAUCUUGGUGGAGUUUGAUAAUCAUGUUGGGUAUGAAAUGGAUUACUUUUUAUCUGGGAAGGCCCAUGUGAUA